CCCAGAAGGCCGAAAAUGAAGAUCAAAAGAGGCCCACUACUUCACAAAAAAUCGGCGACAGUCGUGCAUCCUGCAGUUAGCAAAAUCGCUUAUUGGUGGUGCCAGUGCGACGUGCGCGAAAGAUGGAUUUAUUUCUCAGGUACUUCGUGCUUUUGCUGUACCCUCUCUCCACAGCAUUGGGCUGCCCCUACUGUUCCGCGCCUUCCAAGGUUGCCCGACGCAGCUGCUCUUGAGGUGGCCAUAGCUUCCCGGUCAGCCAACUCCACGACAGCUUUCUUGCGCCGCACCACUUACGCCGCCGUACUGCCUCGCCUCACCCAUUUCUUCCCAUCCGUCUGCGCGGGCGACACUCGAGUGGCUCCAGGGUUCACCGAUCAGAUCUAAUCUCGGCUCGAGGGGUACCGCGGCCACCUCAGCGGUGGUGGCAAACACAAGAAUCGGACGGUCCCCGCGCUGCGGACACGUCGGUGCGACGGCCUCGAGAUGCGAAUAAGGCUACCCUUUGCAGGUGUCUUCCUGCUCCUGCUCCUACUCGCAGGCUACGCCGGCCUCUCCACGCUGCAGCUCGGCGAUUAUGUGAACGACAAGGUCCUCCACCUUGUAACCUUCUUUGCCCUCACCAUUGUUUUCUACUGGAUUGUCGAUACAAACCGCCGACGCACCCUCAACAUGACGCUCAUUGUAUGCACCCUUAUCCUCGGAGUGGGGUCCGAGUUUGUGCAGAGCUUCCUCCCCAACGAUCGCGAGUUCGACAUAUACGAUAUCGUGGCAAACGUGGUGGGGAGCCUCGCGGGGCUGGGACUGUGCUCUUGGUACCACAAACGCAUGCUUGAGCGAAGAAGGCAGCGCAAGACGUACAACGCCGUCCCUGGCGAGGACGCGGACGACGUCGAGCUCGGCGAGGACCACGAGACGGGCGUGACUGACGGACCGUCUCGUGGCAUGACACUAGAGGAGGAAGUAGACAACUGGGAUGAGCAUGCGCCCGAUGAUUGGGACGAUGGUGACGCCGCCCAGCAGCCUGGAGCGACAGCCACCAGAGAGCCGGACCCUGUCGACAUUGGAGACGCCAAAAGACGAACAGAUUGAGGAUUCGUCGCCACCAGUUGCGACGAACCUGGCGGCUGGUCUUUGCCUGUAUGCGAUAACGACAAUGCGACGCUGUUUCGGGCGUUGGGUUUAUAUCGACUGCGAGGAUGGGAACUCACAUAGCGGAUUGUAUGAUCAACGAAUAAGCGAAUUGAACGCCAUGGUAUUUCUGCCUG